AUGGACCACACAGACCCCUUCCUCCAACACCAAUCCAAUGCCAACAGCGACGUCCUCUCAACCCUCCAAUCCACACGUCCUCUAUUCUCCUCCUAUCUCCGCAUCCGCUCCCUCGCCAAGUCUCCCAAUAACCCGGAGCUCCAACAAGCGCGCUCCGAGCUUGAGACGACCCUCACCGAUCUUACCGCGGACUUAGACGAUCUAGUCGAGAGUGUGCGUGCAAUCGAGCAAGAUCCAUAUCGAUUCGGCCUAGAACUAGAAGAAGUUCAGCGCCGGCGAAGUCUUGUUAACGAUGUCGGUGCCGAGAUCGAGAAGAUGAGGGAGGAGUUGCAGAGGACGGUUACAGCUUCGAGUGGUGGUGGGAAGGGCACGGGUGCGCUGCCAAACCCGGCUGAUUUCGAUAAUGUCUUAUCGCCGUCGGCGGAGGAUCAGGGAGAUGAUUACUAUGCUGCGAUGGAGCAGCAGCGGCAGAUGGAGCUGAUGCACGAGCAAGAUGAGCAGUUGGAUGGGGUGUUUCGGACUGUGGGGAACCUGCGACAGCAGGCUGAUGAUAUGGGGAGGGAGUUGGAGGAACAGGGGGUGAUGAUAGAUGAGGUGGAUACGUUGGCCGACCGAGUGGGCGGCAAGCUGCAGAAUGGCAUGUCGAGGCUAAAAUACAUUAUACGGAAAAAUGAGGAUACAAUGUCAUCCUUUUGCAUUGCCGUCCUCAUAUUCGUUUUGGUCCUCCUCCUCAUCCUGCUCAUUGUUCUUUAA